AUGGAGCGCUUGCAACGAAUCAUGAUGAAUCAACGAGCUGGUAUGAUGGGUGGAACUUCUACGGGGGAGUCAGCAAUGGAUGACACCAAAGAAACCGUUUUCAUUUCUUCAUUGGCUCUCCUGAAGAUGUUGAAGCACGGACGAGCUGGUGUGCCAAUGGAGGUCAUGGGCCUGAUGCUUGGGGAAUUUGUGGAUGAGUACACUGUUAACGUCGUGGAUGUAUUUGCUAUGCCACAGUCUGGGACGGGUGUGUCUGUUGAGGCAGUGGAUGACGUUUUUCAGGCCAAGAUGAUGGAUAUGUUGAAACAGACAGGAAGAGAUCAAAUGGUGGUAGGAUGGUACCAUUCACAUCCAGGAUUUGGCUGUUGGCUAUCAUCGGUUGAUGUGAACACUCAGAAGUCAUUUGAACAGCUCAACAGUAGGGCUGUUGCUGUUGUGGUAGAUCCCAUACAAUCCGUUAAGGGAAAGGUAGUCAUUGAUGCCUUUCGGUUGAUCAACACAAACAUGAUAAUGAGAAAUCAAGAACCACGCCAAACGACUUCCAAUGCAGGGCUUUUGAACAAGCCCAAUAUUCAGGCUUUGAUACAUGGGCUGAACAGACACUACUAUUCACUGAAUAUCGACUAUCACAAAAGCUCUACAGAGACCAACAUGUUGAUGAAUUUACACAAAGAACAGUGGCAAUCAGGCCUCAAAAUGCACGACUAUAAGGAAAAGGAGAGCAAGAAUCUGAGCGCAAGUCAGCAAUUGGUUAAAAUUGCUGAGCUGUACUCGAAACGCAUCGAAGAGGAAAGGGAUUUUACCGAAGACGAAUUGAAGACGCGUUACGUCGGGAAGCAAGACCCCAAAAAGCAUCUCUCGGAUCUAGCUGAAGGCGUUUUAGAAGAGAAUAUAGUUUCCGUGCUCACUGCAGGUGUGAACGCUUCUGCAAUAAAAUAG